GAGGUCUUCCCAGCACUAGCUUCUACUUCUUCUCCUCCAAAAGAGAAAAAAAACCCAAUUUUUUUAGAGGCGAAGAAGAACAGCAGAGUGAACCCAGAAAUGGAUUCAAGCCAGAGGAGGAAAACCGGGUUGAAUCUCCCAGCUGGGAUGACUGAAGCUCAUCUUCACCUUCAAGCUUUCUCACCCACUUCAUUGCGAGCGAUCUCUAACUUGUCAUCAUUGUCUCCUUCAAAGGGAACUUGCAGCGACAGAUUCAUACCCUGCAGAUCCUCUUCACGACUUCACACUUUUGGAUUAAUCGAAAAUGCUUCCCCUGUUAAAGAAGGGGGAAACGAGGCUUAUUGCAGGUUGCUGAAGAACGAACUUUUUGGAACUGAUUUUGGGUCUUUUUCUCCUGCAGGUCAGGCUCAAGGUUCACCUUUGAUGAGUCCAAGCAAGAAUAUGUUGAGGUUCAAGACCGAUCCAUCGAGUCCAAGCUCUCCUUACUCUCCAUCUGUGUUUACCCAUGAUGGAGCAAUCUCCGGGGAGGUUUCCACGCCACCUAAGCCUCCUAGGAAGAUUCCCAAGACACCCCACAAGGUUCUAGAUGCCCCCUCACUUCAAGAUGAUUUCUACCUGAACCUUGUAGAUUGGUCCUCACAAAACACUCUUGCAGUUGGAUUGGGCACCUGUGUUUAUCUAUGGACUGCAUCAACCAGUAAGGUGACAAAAUUAUGUGAUCUGGGACCUAAUGACAGCGUGUGUUCAGUUCAAUGGACCCGUGAGGGCUCUUACAUAUCAGUAGGCACAUAUCUUGGUGAAGUUCAGGUUUGGGAUGGCACUCAGUGCAAGAGGGUCCGUACCAUGGGUGGGCAUCAAACUAGAACCGGAAUUCUUGCGUGGAGUUCGCGUAUACUGGCUUCUGGGAGCAGAGACCGAACCAUACUUCAACAUGAUAUUCGUGUCUCCAGUGACUUUGUUAGUAAGCUUUCCGGCCAUAAAUCUGAGGUAUGUGGCCUGAAAUGGUCCCAUGAUGACAGGGAACUUGCAUCUGGUGGAAAUGAUAAUCAGCUCUUGGUUUGGAACCAGCAUUCUCAACAGCCAGUCUUAAAACUUACAGAGCACACUGCUGCUGUCAAGGCCAUAGCUUGGUCACCACACCAGAGCAGCCUUCUUGCAUCUGGAGGUGGAACUGCUGAUCGGUGUAUUCGCUUUUGGAACACCACAAAUGGGAACCAGCUGAACAGUGUGGAUACAGGCAGCCAGGUCUGCAAUCUAGCAUGGAGUAAGAAUGUGAAUGAGCUUGUCAGCACUCAUGGAUACUCCCAGAAUCAGAUUAUGGUGUGGAAGUAUCCAUCAAUGGGCAAGGUCGCAACCUUAACUGGUCAUAGUUUGCGAGUAUUAUAUCUUGCCAUGUCACCCGAUGGGCAGACUAUUGUUACUGGAGCAGGGGAUGAGACCCUGCGAUUUUGGAAUGUUUUUCCUUCCAUGAAAUCACCAGCACCAGUCCGGGAUACUGGACUUUGGUCACUAGGAAGAACCCAUAUUCGAUAAUGAAUUGUUUGCA